AUGUCAUCUGAUCUAGAUAAGAAAUUGUGUUAAAAGCAUAAGUUAGAAAUUUUAACGAUAGAUUUAAAAUAAUCAACUGCUCAAGAUGACAAAUACCUCUGCAUCAAGUGCCGAAUGGAAAAAAUUGAUAUUUAAAACAUGGCUUUGGUAGAAGAGACAAAAACUAUGAUUAAGUAAAUGAAGAGUGAGUAAUAUAAUAACAACAUUAAGGAGUAUUAAGGUAGGAUUGAAAAUUUUAGAUAAAUACAAUCAUAAGUUAAAGAAUAUAAGUUGUUAAUUAACAAAACUAUAGAUAAAGUUUAAAGCAACAUAGAUUAGAGAAUCACUCUAAUGGAAAAUGAACUUGAUGAAUCAUAAUCACAAACAUUAAUUUCUACUUUUGAAGAAGAUGUCAAAAUAUUAUCAUAGAAUUACAAAGGAUCAUUCAGCUUUGAAGUUCCUAAAGAAUUGGAGAAGUUUCUUGAUGACAAUUCUUAUAUUGAUUCUAUUCAAUAAUAAUUACAGUCGAUAAUUAAUUGUCCAAAAUUGACAUAAAUCAAGGAAGCCUUAGAAAAGGCUAAAGUUGAAAAUGGACAUACAGAAAUAAAGUAAGUCUAAUUACUUUCUAAAAAGGAAGAAGAUCCAUUAGUAAUUAUUUUUAAUUAUAAAAAUAGAAAACACCUAGUUUGAAGAUUUAAUGUAAUAAACAUGGAAGAGAAAUUAUCAUGUUUAAUUUGAAUCCUGAAAAAAUUCAGUUUUCUAGAUUAGCAUGUGUUGAGUGUAUAUAAUCAAAUGAUCCAAUCAAGUACACAACUUUAGAAGAUGCUAGUUUUAGAUGGAAUGAAUAUUUAGGAUAAACUAGUGACUAGGUUAAACGAUUUCAAAAUUAAAGAUGUUUAAAAUCAUCAUAAAUCAUUGAGAUCCUCCAAGAAAUUUAAGAAAAGUACAAUAGCAGUAUUUCAGAAAUAAUCAAUAAGGUAAAAAUUGAAUACUAAAUGUACUCUUUAAAUGAAAUUAAUGAAUUUAAUGAAAAUAUGAUUUUCGAAAUGAGUACUGAGUAAGUUAACGAAUUAACUGAAAUAUUAAGUAAGAAAGACAAAUUCUAAGUUUUGGCUGAAAAGUAAUUAAAUAUUUAAAAAGAAGACCUUAAUCAACUGGAAAUCAUAUCAAAUAAUUUUGGAAAAUUACUAUAAAAUGAUUUACUUGCAACUGAAAGGAUUAAUAAGAUCUUUAAGGACUUUAGUUCCAAUUUUUAUAAUGUAAAGGAAUGGAAAAUUGAUACUUUAAAAGAAGAUAAUCCAAUUUCAAAUCAUUUAUAGAUGAAACAACUUAACUUAUAAUUACAACAUUUUAUUUUAUAUUAGGACAUCUUAAAUGAGGCCUUAAAUUAGUAUAAUUUAAUCAUACUAACAAUAAAUAGUUUGUCUAAUGAAUUCAAAGAUAUUUAAUUAUAGCAAGUACAACUUUAUUGUUAUUAAUAAGUUUAAACAAUAUGUAUCAAAGUUUGAAAAAGAUUUAUCUCUUAUGCACAAAUUCUCUUAAUUUGAUUAAAUUGAAGCUGAGUUGAAAUUGCAUAAACAAGAAAAGGAAUCACUGAAAAAUCAACUCACAGAAAGUGAAAAAAUUAAUUUAGGAAAUCAAUAAAUUAUUAAUGACUUUAAGAAAAAUGAUGCAGAAUAAAUAAAGCUAAUAUAAGAUUUGAGGAAACAAAAUGAAGGCUAAUCAAUUAAAAUAAAAGAACUUGAAUAAUAAAGUAAAAAUUAAAUUUUAUUCAAUAUCUUAUAGAAACUUAAUGUGAAGUUAUUGUUAAGGAGAAACAAGAAGAAUUGUAAAUUUGUUAACAAUAAAAUCAGAAGUAAGAGUAAAUGCUGAAAUAAUUAUAAUAAACUUUGGUAUAAGUAAAGGCUUUAUUUCAAGUAGGAUUAGUAAUUUUCUUAAUCACUAACAUUCUCAACAAUUUAUAAGAAUAGCAAUUGUUCAGUUUCUUAAAAUGGAAAAGUUAUUGAAACAAGUUAUAAUGGUUGGUAAUGUUGUAUGUGUGAUUAAAUGAUCCCUAAGAAUGGUGUGGUUUAAUUUGCUAUUAAAAUAAUUGAAAAUUCUAACAUUAUGAUAGGAAUUGGUUUUAGGGAUAUUGUAUAGAGUAAGAAUUAUAGUUGUUGUCAUGGUUUAGGAGGAGGGUAUAUUUAUGAUAUUAAUAGAAUCAAAAUAGAACAUAUAAUAUUUAUUAUAAUGGUUAAUGUUAUAAUCAUGAUUAAUAAGAUAAAAGUGGGUAAUAAAUCGCAUUUCCAUUUUCAACAAAUGAUAUUAUAAUUGUUGAAGUAGAUAUUUAAAAGAAGUAAGUAAAAUGGAAAAAGUAAUCCACAAACCAAUCAUUUGUAUUAAUUUCUAUUUAUUAACAGACUUUGAAUAUUGAUACAUCCAAAGAAUUGUAUCCCUGUGUACAUUUACAAGGUAGAUGUAAAGUAGAGAUAUUAAAUUAAGGGUUCAAAUGA